UCUGGGACUCUGUGGCUCAGAGUGAACACCCCGGGACGAGAGAUGAGAGAUCAGUGAUGGAGUUGAACGUGUCACUCAAUGACUCGGUGGUUAUCAAGGAUAACUGCACGUACGAGGCGGCGUGGGAUUGGAUCACAUCCCUCCAGCCUCUGUGGAUGUCGGUGAUCAGCAUCGUCGGUCUGGUGGGAAACGGAUUAGUCCUGCUGGUCUUCUGCCUGCAGAGGAACGUGUGCUCCGUGGCUGAUGUGUACCUGGGGAACCUGGCGUUGGCCAACCUUCUUAUGGUUCUGUGUCUUCCCUUCUGGGCCGUGACCAUCGCUCAGAAUUAUGAGUGGAGCUUUGGAGAGAUGCUCUGCAAGCUGAUCAACACAGCUAUCUCCAUGAACUAUUUCUGCAGCAUCCUCUUCCUGGUUCUGGUUAGCAUGGAUCGCUAUUUGGCGCUUGCCAAAACGAUGAGCCGUAGCAGGCUGAGACGCUCGUCCUGGGCCAAACGGAUCUGUUUGGGUAUUUGGAUUUUUGGAUUUCUGGUUAGCGUUCCAUCAUUUCUCUUCCGUGGCGUACGCUACUUUGCAGACCUCAAAAUUCACGCUUGCUACUUGAUGUACCCUCAUCCAGGCUGGAGGGUUCAGAGAAACCUCAGCAGCAACGUGCUCGGAUUUGCGUUUCCUUUACCGAUCAUCGCCUUCUGCACAUAUCACAUAGUUAAAGCUCUUAAAGUCAACGAUCUCAGGUUCAUCCCUGGAGUUCGGACAGAGAAACGAGCCACUCAUCUUGUACUAACGGUGCUAUCUGUGUUCCUGUUCUGCUGGACACCACACCAGAUUGUACGUCUGCUGGAUACACUGGAUUAUUAUCAGAUCACACCUGCAGGAUGUUUGUUUGGGCACAUCUUGGACAUAAGCGAGCAGUGCUCCACUUACCUGGCAUAUGCAGACAGCGCCAUUAACCCGUUCCUGUACGUGGUUGUCGGGAAACACUUCAGGAAACGAGCUAAAGGUGUGUUUAGACGGGUCUUCACUCCUGAAAGGAAGAACAGCACUCCUACUGGCACGCUAGCUAGCAGGUGCAGCGACACCCGAAAAGACUCGAUUGUGAUCGAUAAAAGAGUCGUAGCGUCUGUACAUAUCUCGCCAAAACAUCUUAUAAAUCUCAACACGCUGCCAUGAAUGUGGACAUUUAUGUGACUGACGUUUCACUAAGGGCAUUACAUUUUAUCUGAAACUAUGCAAUGUUUAAAAAGAACUAUUUAUGUAAAACUGUUGUUUUAUCCCAUGUACAAAAAGGACUAUUCUCCAUGAAGUCCAGUGUCUGGAACGUGUGAGUUACUGUGUGUUUCUCUUGCUUUGAGUGGUUUUGGAUUAGUUUUCCAUUAGCAUGCACUGAGUUAUCCUGGCUGUGGACACCAGAACCUCGGCUCUCAAAAUAGAGAUAAAAAAUAUAUUUAUUUGUCAGUCAUUUUUAUGAUUUUAUUUGUAUAAAAAUGUUUAAA